AUGUCUUCUAUCGAAAUCUGUGCCUUUCAGAACGUAACAGUGCCAGACAUUGACAACGUUCAACAAUCAAUUCAAGGGACUCUAAAUGGAUUUGAUCAGAUUGUGAAACUUGUGACUCAAGGCCAGAUCAUUCAAACUUCAGACGAGGUCAUUCAAACAUGCAUCGAAAAGAUACUUAAUGAAGGAAAAAUCUUCUGCAAAUUAACCCGUGAAAGUGCAUCUGGAAGCGAGAGAAUAGCUCAUUAUUGCUUAGACAUUAUAUCAUACGUCGAGACACUUACGAAUGAAAAAAUAACUGGUGAAGAGUUUCUUGAGGUGCUUGAUGGUUUAUUGUCGAAUGCUAAUAAGUGUAAGAGUGAAGCUGUCUCCUUAAAGAACGGAUAUACUCAAAUUUAUAACAACUUGAAUGAAAUCUCCGAAGAUUUAACAGAAUAUGAAGAUCAUCUUCAAUCUGCAAUAGCUAAAGAAAUUAAUGACUCAAAUAAUAUGAGUGAAGAAAAAAAAGAGGCUAAAACAUUAAAAUGGAUGAGCAUUGCUGCUGGUGCAGGAUUAACUGCCCUAACUCCUUUUACGGGUGGUCUUUCUGCAAUCGGUGUACCCUUUACGGCGCAAUGGGCCAGUGAAAAUGCGACAAAAGAAAAAGAAUAUCGCGUCUCUAGAGAUCAAGCUCGUGCUACUGUGUUAAAAUUGAAUGGCAUUAGAUGCUCUGCCCGAGACAUUAUUACACAAACAAACUCCAUCAUCGAUAUUAUUGACCACUUUCAAGUGUUCUGGGAUAAGCGGGUCGAUGAAAUUCAACUCCUCACUACAGAAUUCGAGGAAAAAAAGACGAAGCAUUUGAAAUACAAUAAAUUGAGUGCAUCUCCGGUUAUUAAAAAAUGGGGAAAAUUUUGUGAUCGGUACACCUCCUAUUCAACUAAUGUCAGGUCUUUGUUGAAUAAUGCUGAGGUGGAUGGAAGAAUUGCAAUAUCUAAUUGA